AUGGUCUUUCUUAGCCUAACCCUGACCACCGUCCACCCGAGCAAGGGGAGGGAUCUGAGGCUCAGCCGGUCUCAGCGUCGGUCAGAGGUCACGUGGAAAAUCUGUGCCCUCUGUGAUUCUGAACAGAUCAGCCUCAUCCACCCCAAACCAGGAGCUGGAGGGACGGGAGAGCACUUGCAGGCCACAGGGGAGGGAGGAGGUGACCUCGGCAAGAUAAAGCUGAAUAUCUCCUUCCCAGACACAGGCUGCCAGAAACUCAUUGAAGUGGGCGAUGAACGCAAACAGCGGUCUUUUUAUGAGAAGCGCAUGGCCACAGAAGUUGCUGCUAAUGCUUUGGGUGAAGAAUGGAAGGGUGACGUAGUUCAAAUCAGGGAUGAAAACGGCAAGCAAGGUUUCCCCAUGAAGCAGGGUGUCUUGACCCACGGCUGUGUUUGCCUGCUACUGAGUAAGGGACAUUCCUGUCACAGACCAAGGAGAACUGGAGAAAGGAAGCACAAAUCGGGACCAGCACACAAAUCUGCCCGGGUUUGUACCGUGGAUACCAAGCUGAGCAUUCUCCACUUGGUUAUUGUUAAUAAAGGAGAGAAGGAUAUUACGGGACUGACUGAUACUACUGUGCCUCAUCGCCUGGGGCCCAGGAGAACUAGCAGAAUCCGAAAACUUUUCAGUCUCUCUAAAGAAGACAAUGUCCACCAAUAUGUUGGAAGAAAGCCCUUACAUAAAGAAGGUAAGAAGCCUAGGACCAAGGCACCUAAGAUUCAGCAUCUUGUGACUCCCCGUGUCCUGCAGCACCAACGCCGGCGUAUUGCUCCCAAGAAACAACGUACUCAGCAAAAUAAGGAAGAGGCAGCAGAAUAUGCUCAGCUUUUGGCCAAGAGAUUGAAGAGGGCUAAAGAAAAACGUCAAGAACAGAUUGCAAAGAGAUGCAGGCUGUCCUCUCUGAGAGCUUCUACUUGUAAGUCUGAAUCCAGUCAAAAAUAA